AUGGCUUUUGGUGUGCUGGAACCGGUAACAGGGAUUCAGCCCUCUUCCACCUACAAAGUCGAAAGCGACGAUCAUGCGGAAACCAAGGUCCAAGUUCGAGUUCCUCGCCCAUCGUCCUCGCAUCUUGAUCCUCUGAAUUGGUCUCGACCAAGAAAAGAGCUUUUGUUUGCUACCAUAAUUCUUGGCUCUUGCUUUACAGGAUCAUUAGGCCCCGUCCUCGUUCCUGGAUUUGGUAUCGUUGCCAGAGACCUAGACGUUAGUCUUACCAACGUGACGCUGCUGAAUGGGUCAUUGGUUAUGGCCUUGGGUGUGAGCUCUUAUCUUUCUGCCUCGUUCUCCAUGAUCUUCGGCAAACGAGCAGUCUAUCUGUUUACCACUAUCCUUCUGUUGGUCUCUUGUUGCUGGGCCGGUGCUUCCAAAUCAUACGUUUCACUAUUGGCAUCUCGGUUGGGCAUGGGCGGCUUUUUUGCUCUGGCAGGCACAGCAUCGAUAAAUGAUGUGUUCUUUGUCCAGGAACGGGGACUUCGAGUUGGCCUAUGGAACCUCGGACUCAUCGCCUCUGUGAACCUCACGCCUGUCAUCAGUGGAUACGUGAUUUCCAACAUGUCAUGGCGUUGGAGCUUUUGGCUUGAAGCAUGCAUGUACGGCAUUCUUCUUGUCGUUGUGCUGGUCUUCUUCCCGGAGACAUCAUUCAAUCGCAACAGCUGUGAUGAAUCAGCAACAGAGAAUAUUUUCAAGGAAGGAGAAGGAAUGGAGCGCAUAGUGGCUAUCAACCCUAGUCUUCCUGAGCGAUCACGUCUUUGGUCUUACUACGGCAUCGGAUUGGACUCCACCAUGUUCCCCGAUCGACCUAAUAUUCUCAUGGCCUGCAUCAAGCCUUGGUAUAUGCUCAUCCAUCCGAUUGUGGCUUGGGAAUGUGUGAUGUGGGCAGUGGUUUUCACGUGGACUAUUUUAGUCGGAGCCGUGGCCUCUCAAAUCUUCACAGCAGCCCCCUUCAAUAUGAGCACUGUCGCGGUCGGUAAUCUUACAGGGAUUCCUCCUUUCAUUGGAUCGGCAAUUGGAACAUUCACAGGUGGAUGGCUCUGCGAUUUCUGUGGCAGAGCUCUGUCCAAACGCAACUUGGGUGUAUACGAACCGGAAUUCCGCCUCUGGGUUAUGCCCCUAGCUACUGUGACAAUGGCUGUUGGCACGUUUGGCUUGGGUGCUGCUAUUGAACAGGGCCUUUCACCAGUUGUUUGCGGAGUAUUUCUGGCAAUCUUGAACUUCGCCGUCGGUAUGGGCUGUACUGUUAUUGUAGCAUACACCAACGAUGUCGCCGCAGAGAGAGCGGGGGAUGCUUUUGGACUUGCAAUGGUCAUCAAAAGUGCCUUUGCGUUCGGUCUGUCUUUUGUCUUCAAUCAAUACCUCGUUCAUGUCGGACCGUUGAGAUUCUUUUCCACUUUCGGGGCUCUUACUGUAAGCGUGAUGCUGACGCAUAUCCCAAUCUAUGUCUUUGGAAAAAGAAUUCGUGCUUGGUCGGAACAGCAUAAUCUGUUUCAUCGAACAGGCAAUGGAAAGGCUGGAAAUGGAUUUUGA